UUUCCUCCCACCCCUCCCUUUACAUUCACAAUAUCCCACCCCCUUUUAAAUUCUCUCCCAACUCCAACCUCUACAUUACUAGUACUAGUAGCUAGAAUUAAGAAGAUCGAGAUCACACAACCAAAUUCUUAUUACCAUUUCUCUCUGUUUCUCUCUCCUAAAAUGCCGCGAAAUUUAGCGGCGGCUUUCUUCUUAUACAUUGCGGCACUGGUUGCUGUUUUCGCCAUUGUUGGAGCUGAGGAUCCCUACAGAUUUUUCAACUGGAAUGUCACCUUCGGAGACAUAUAUCCACUCGGUGUUCGCCAACAGGGAAUUCUCAUCAAUGGUCAAUUCCCCGGCCCUGAUAUUCAUUCUGUUACCAAUGACAAUCUCAUUAUCAAUGUCUUUAACAGCCUGACUGAGCCUUUCCUCAUCUCCUGGAAUGGAAUUCAGCAGAGGAGGAACUCGUUUGAAGACGGAGUUUACGGAACCACAUGUCCCAUACCUCCCGGGAAGAAUUUCACAUACAUUCUUCAAGUGAAGGAUCAAAUUGGGAGCUUUUACUACUUCCCUUCCCUUGCAUUCCACAAGGCCGCUGGUGGUUUCGGAGGCAUCAGAAUUCUCAGUCGCCCUAGAAUUCCGGUUCCGUUCGCUGAUCCUGCUGGCGAUUUCACUGUUCUGAUCGGAGAUUGGUACAAAGCUAAUCACACGACAUUGAAGGGAAUUCUUGAUCGGGGCAAGAAGCUACCUUUUCCUGAUGGAGUCCUCAUCAACGGUCGUGGCUCUAAUGGUUACUCUUUAACUGUCGAACAAGGAAAAACUUAUAGGCUCAGAAUAUCAAAUGUGGGAUUGCAAAAUUCGCUCAACUUCCGGAUUCAAAACCACAAAAUGACAUUGGUGGAAGUGGAGGGAACACACUCUCUCCAAACUACUUACUCUUCACUUGACGUUCAUGUCGGCCAGUCCUACUCGGUUCUAGUUACAGCUGAUCAACCUGGUCAGGACUACUACAUUGUUGUGUCCACCCGCUUCACCACUCAGAUCCUCACAAGCACCGGUGUUCUUCACUACAGCAACUCUGCUGGACCAGUCUCUGGCCCACCCCCGGGCGGACCUACAAUCCAAAUCGAUUGGUCCCUCAACCAAGCCCGUUCCAUAAGGACUAAUCUUACAGCAAGUGGACCGAGACCUAACCCGCAAGGUUCUUACCAUUAUGGGCUAAUAAACACGACCAAGACCUUCAGGCUCAGCAACUCUGCCGGUCAAGUGAAUGGCAAGCAGCGAUAUGCAGUUAACAGUGUAUCUUUCGUGCCAGCAGACACUCCUCUAAAGCUUGCAGACUACUUCAAGAUCGGAGGAGUAUUUCGGGUUGGAAGCAUAUCUGAUAACCCUACCGGUGGAGGUAUAUACCUUGACACAUCAGUUUUGGGCGCGGACUACAGAGCAUUUGUUGAAAUCGUGUUCGAAAACCCUGAGGACAUCAUUCAAAGCUACCACCUUGAUGGCUACUCUUUCUUUGUAGUAGGAAUGGACGGAGGACAGUGGAGUUCAGCUAGCAGAAACGAGUACAAUCUCCGGGAUGCAAUUGCACGUUGCACCACUCAGGUGUAUCCCAAAUCGUGGACUGCCAUUUUAGUGGCUCUUGACAAUGUGGGAAUGUGGAACUUGAGGACGGAGUUUUGGGCACGACAGUACCUCGGACAGCAACUGUAUCUGCGUGUUUUCACAACCUCAACUUCACUCAGGGACGAGUACCCCAUUCCAAAGAACGCACUUCUUUGUGGCAGAGCGAGUGGGCGGCGCACACGACCGCUCUAGGCCACCAACAAAUUGUAAAACUUCCACGGUAUGCAGGCCGGGCAAAACUUGUCUAGCUUAGGAGGAUUACUGAGUAGAGUUCUAUUUAUUGGGUACUAUAUCAGUACCAAUGCAAAAUUGAGGAGCAUGUAUGACUGCAACUUUAGAUGACCUUACCUCAAGGUCACAUUCUUUUCUACUAAGGAUUGUAUUUCUUUUUUUUUAUUAUUUUUUUCAUUUUUUUUGGGUAAGUAAUAUUGUUAUUGUUGUUGUUGAUAUUACUAUUAUUACAGUAUUGUUUAUUUGUUGCAUUA